GAUUUCUUCUAGGGUUUAAAAAAUGGCAAAUAACAGCAACAAAGAAGAACCGAGCACUGCUCCGAAGCCUAAUCGAUGGUACAAUAUAAGUUUAGGGUCUUCCUUCAAGGACCAACAGCAACAUUCUUCCAAAUUCUGCACUUUACGCUAUGAAUUUAAGCCAGCAUCAAUUGAUAAAAGCCAACCAGGAUCAUUCCACAAGACGAAGGAUAAUCGAGUUAAGGUAGAAUUUGAAAACAACAAACAGGGAAAACCCAAGGUGACAUUUGAAGGGACAUGUGAAGAUUACAAGGACAAUGAUGCAGUUUUGUUCUUCGAUGGUGAGACCUUUCGGUUGGAGCGGUUACACCGAGCUGUGAAGCGGUUGAGGCAUGUACGCCAGCCUGGUGAAUCCACAGCCAUGCCUUCUUCAGCUGGCCCUGCUACAGAGUCUUAUUCGCCCAUUAUUUUUUCUGUUUGUGUUGUUUUCUAUGUGACUUUACAGCUUCAGGUCGAACGUAUUGACACCGGUGACUUUGAGAGUGGAGAAUCAAGAAAGCAGAACAACAUAGAGCCCCCGUCAUCUUCAGUUCCUAAUAAACCAACCACGUCACCAGAUCCGAAAAAUUAUGAAUCAGAAGAACAGGUGGAUGUUGUUGUUGUUGUUGAUGAUGAUGAUGAUAAUGAUGGUUUGGGAACAGAUAAGCAAGACAAUGCCUCUGAAAAGUUGUCCUCCGGUUUCGGCAUUGAUAUCAACCUACCACAUCAAGUUGACACGGAUGAAGAGAUUGCUGAUGUAGAUUUAAGUGAUGACGGCUAUAAACCAGGACGCAGUGCUGCUGAAGCACUUAGAGAUCAGGUGAACGCUGAAGAGAAAGAACAGUCUUUGAGCUCAAAUAGUAGCAGUGGAAGUGAUAAUAGCGGGAGCGGGAGUGGGAGCAGUAGUAGUGAUAGUGAAAGCAGCGAUGGCGACUCGGCCAUCUCUACUUAAGUGGUUAGAUGCAGUUUAGGGUCUUCCAACAACAGCCUAGUACUGUUGUGCAUGGAUUAUUAAUUUGGUUUUGCUUUUGAAGUACAUGUUGGAUGAUAAUAUAUACAAACUGUAUGUAUAUAUAUUCUUGUUAC